UAAUUAAAAAGUAAGAUCUCAAUGGCCAGCGCCGACAAAACACCAUGAUAUCGAAUAAAUUUAAAAGUAAACGAAAAUUAACCAACAGGUGGGUUUUAAGAAGAAUAAUUUAAUUUUAUUACAUUCACGUGUGAAACUAAGAUUAUUGUAGUUGAAAAUAAGAUUUUUUCCAUUGCUACGUUUUGCUUGCUAGAAAAAGGAUUCUUAAAAGGAUCAAAAGAUUUAAAAUUUCUUAUGACAGGAAAUACUAAUCCUAACUAAUUAUAUUAUUAAGUCAUUACAUCGAAACAAUACUACCAACCGCCUCCCCAGACGAAAUCCAACCGGAAGAGAGUGAGAUCUGGAACUACUAUGAGCCAGCGAUAAAUGAUCACUACAUGACUGAUACACCACCUACGCAGUAAAAUCCGACAUAAAAUGGAGGCGAAGGUACUUGCAACUUUGGUUACUUUUCUGAUAUUUCAUCUUUGUUUGUCACUUAAUGACUCAGUUCAUGGAACUCCUAAUAUAAUAAUAUUUCUGACUGACAAUCUCUCUAUGAAAGAUCUGGGUUUUUACAAUAAUAAUUCUCAAGAAACUCCAAACUUAGACAGCUUGGUUGAGGAAGGAGUUGUGUUUUCACGGUUUUACGGUCAAUCUUCAAGGAUUGCCUCCCUUGCAUCUUUGUUAACAGGAUUGUUGCCACCGAGAACUGGAAUCAUCAAGAGUAAGUUUCUGAAUUUUGAAGAAAUUCCAUCUCUAGCAUCUUCGGGAGGCUUACAGCACUCCGAGAUAACUCUAGCGGAAGAUUUGAAAGCUAAGGGCUACACAACAAGUUUUGUGGGUUUGUGGGGAUUAGGAGUGGGAAGAAAUGCAGAAUAUUUACCUCUCAAUCACGGAUUCGACUCGUGGUAUGGCGUGGCGUCUGCAAACAAAGAACCAUGCAUGGAAAGCUACAAGACAACAUCUGAUUCAGUGUACACAUGGCAGUCUGUCUGUGCGUUUUUCAGUCCUUUAUUGUACAUUCUACCAUUUGUUGGUUUUAUCGGUUGGUAUAAUGGCCUUGGUAAAAUAGUGACUGUUUUCAUCGUCAUUAUCGCUUUCAUCUUAUACAGCAGUAUACUUCAUGAUGUUAUACACUUCACAAUGGAUUUCAUUCAAGUUAGAAGCUGCGUUCUCUAUCGAAACAGCAACAUCAUAGAACAGCCAUAUGCUGUCGAAAACUUGACCUUACGGUUUACAAGGAAUGCUGUACAAUUUUUGGAGUCAUCAUCAAUUUCUUCCAAACCUUUUCUUCUCUUUUUCAGUUUCAUGAACCUUAAUCACCCAGAAUUUGCAUCAAGGCUAUUUUCUAAUUCGUCACAAGAUGCUUAUUUUGAUGCUCUUAAGGAGCUUGACUGGAGUGUUGGAAGGAUAUUAAGAAAAUUAAAGGAACAUGAUCUAGAAAAUAAUACAUUAGUUUUCUUUACAUCAGCCACUGGUCACCAUUUUCAUAAAACUUACGAAAGUUGUAGUGUGGCUGACAAUGGAGGAAGAGAAACCUCGUGUCUGCAAGGUGGCAGUGUGAAUAGAAUUUGGGAACAAACCAUCCGUGUUCCAGCAGUGAUGAGAUGGAAAGGAAAACUUAAAGAAAAUCAGAUAAUCAAGACUCCAGUGACAAUAAUGGAUGUUGUACCAACAGUGUUGGAAUUGCUCAAUGAAAGUGCUGAGGCCAUGUAUUUAGAUGGCAAAAGUUUGUUACCAGUUGUGCUGAACUCAUCAGUGAAUUCUCAGCAUAAGUACAUUUUCCAUUACCUGGAUGUGACCAAGCCAGCUGCAAUAACAUCAGGGUCUUAUAAAGUUGUGUAUGCAGAAAUUAAAGAUAGCAGAAACUUACAGUUUUGUGAACCUCCUCUAAUGUUCAAUGUUGAGGCUGACCCAGAGGAGACUUCACCUUUACCAAAUGCUGAACAUAGAGAACUGUUGGCAAACUUUACAGAUGCUUUGGCUGAGCACAUGAAAACAAGAAAAAACAAAUGGCAUUCACAACUGGACAGCAGAAUCAUUCCUUUUUUGUUUCCCUGUGCAAAUUUCCCACGCUGUUUCCAAGCUUCAGAUGAAACCAAGGACUUCUCAGAUUUAUUUGAUUGACUUAUUUUUAGUAACAGGGGCUGUUGGUGAAGUGUUAGUGAAUUACUGACUCCCACUAAGUUCUCUCUAUUUAAUAUUAUAAUAAUAACAAGCUUUAUUUGUACAGUGAAACCUGAGUUUUGCGACCCCUAUGUUUUGCGACCACCUGCCAUUAACGACCACUUUUUCUGGCACGGAUAAUAUCUAGUUAAAAAGUACCUGUAAUGAGCGACCACCUGCCUAACGCGACCAGCGACCGUAUUUUUAUGCCCCAAACAUUAAAUUUCACCUGUGAUGACCGACCACUUUCGUAAAAGUUAUCAUAUAAGCUCUUAUUUUAUGGCAGUUUAUGCGCGUUUUAAACACGUUUCAAAGAACAAACAUUUUCCAAGUCCAGAAAAGUGUCGAAAAAGCAUUUUUUU